AAGCCGAAAGAGACGAAAACUUGUGCGGGCAAUUGUGACGACGAAAAAGAAAAACAUUAAAUGAUUGGAAAAAGAAAGAGUUUUUUCAUUAACUAGUGGUGUAAUUUUGAUGAAUUUUAAUUUGUUAAUAUUCAUAUAAAAUUCGGACCAAAAAUAAAAUACUAGUCAUAAACAAUGAAUUGACGAUAAAAAUUUUAAAAGAAUUUCACUUUGGACAACAGAAUAAAGAGAGAAAAGUGGCGUCUGGCAUGGAAGUGGGUUGAAGAAAAUAGUCGCUUUUUCAAUUCGACAAGUUAUCAACGAAUGCAGACAAAUGCUCUUUUUUUAGCGGACUGAUUUGAUCAAACAAUGUCUUCCAAAUUUUGGCAACAACUGGAUUACUUGAAUAUUCUAUUCGAUAAAAAAGCAGCAGCCGACGAAAAUCAAAUUACCCAAACUGUCAAGUAGAACUAAUGCAACACAAGAACGAAACGAUUUCCGCAAGUUCCAAUGACGAAGCAGAAGAUGUCACUGCUAUACCAAUGCCAACGAAAGUGGAUAUUUUCUCGUGUAAAGAAAAAAGUUUCAUUGAAGAUGAUGUGCUAAAUAGGUCCAACAAUCUGUUGCUGGAUGGAGUAAACCCAAAAACACAAUACUCACAAACGGUAUACACACGUUACCUGCAUGUUGAAAAUGGUCAUUUUCAUGCGUCUUCAACUUUUACCAUUCAUUUACUGGACGAUAAUGAAUCAGAAUCGGAAGAUUUUAAUGUUCGUGAAGGUUAUAUACAUUAUGGUGCUACAGUGAAAUUGGUGUGUUCUGCAACUGGUAUGCGAACAUACGAAGCAUUCGCUGGUCUGACUAAAUUAUGCAAAGUCAUGCACAAGGGCAAGAUAAGCAGCGCCCAAUGGCAAGGACAGAAAGCGGUGCUGGCGGAAGUGAAAACUUGUUUAAUAGUUCACUUCGAGACGGCUGAGGUGACUAAGCCCACCUUGGACACCAUCAACAACUUCGUGGAGAUAAUGGAUGGCCUACUGGGCUUACCCUGGCAUAACUAUACACGUCUACACGGUAAGCCAAGACCUCUUGGAAAGAUUUUUCUGCAAGAUGGCGCCAGGCAGGAGAACGAGAACAAGACCGGUGGAAGAUGUAAUGAAGCUGGGCAUCCGCUUAACCAAUCGACAAUUAGAAUUUUGGAGAAGCGGGUCCAGAACUGUUGGCGUUUAUCAGCUGAAUGAAAAGCUGGAUUACACGACACCAGCCCAGGCCGAAGAUGAGUUUAUGCCAUACGACCUGAAUGGGGAACCAUUUAAAGUAGCUGGCAAACGGCUAACUAUAAACGAGACUAAAUACUUCAGGCUGCUCACAGGCUAUGGAAUAACCCAAUACAUCCGUGAGCAGC